AUGUCUAAAAUACCGGUAUUCAAAGCUCAGGACACAUCAGAUGUCGAGUCUUGGAAGUGUGAUCAAAGCUGUCCGAUAAAAAAGAAAGACUGCAGAGAAUUCUGCUUUGUUGAUGAUCAAUUUGGCUUAAUAUCCAGGAAGUUUUGCAGGGCCUGGCUAAAGAAUGAAAACAAGAAAAAAAGAAAGAGAAAAAAUGAAAAGAAAAGGCAGCAUGAAGAAGAAAUAUCCUACUCAGCAGAAUACUCUUCAGUAGACCUUGAGGAUAUGGAAUCGUCUCUCUCCAGUGAUAUAAAUUCUGCAAGUGGAUUUAAUCCGGAGAUGUCAGUGUCUUACUCUUCAGUUUCGUCAGCAUCGUUGUCUUCGAAGCCUUUUUCGUCAGUUUCUACGAUUUCUAGUUCAGCUAAAUCCUCAGAAUCGUCAUCAGAAACACUAUCAGAGACAUUUUCUAAGACUUUCAAAGUUCCAAUCAGCGUUCCGAUUGAUUUUAUCAGUCUGAGUUUUGGCGACUUCAUCAUCCACAAGUUAAUUUACAAGCAGCUGAGUUGGGAUAAAGCACUGGAGCGCUGCCAAAAGAUUGGCGGCAAACUGCCGUACUUCAACACAAAAGACGAUCUGAGGAGUUUUAAAGACAAAUUAUUUGGAGAAAAUAAAAUCUAUGGAACGAACACCGAAGAAAAUGACCGCCAUCAUAUUUGGCUUGGGUACCGAAGAUAUGCAAGAAACAAGAAUCAAAUGAUGAAUGUUUAUACAAACGAACCAUCAACAAUCGCUCCUUAUCAAACGCAAUCCGGGCAAAGAUGCGCAGCUUACAACCCAACUUUCAUAUCCAUGUCAUACUUCGACUUUUACUGCGGAAGCUUUGAAAGAAGAGCAACCAAGGACAUCUAUCUUACGCUUUGCUUCGUUCCAGAUCCUCACUCGCGCUUGAACUGA